GCUCCCGCCCUCAUUCCGUACAGACGCAAGUUGCACCUCAACAUAGCGAUUCCUGGAAGAUAUCAGUCUUCCAGCAGCGCUAUAUAAAGAUACAAAUAACUUCAUCUAUCUCUUAUCUUUCUUCUCUUUCACUUCUGUGCUAACAACAUUACAAAAAUGAAAUCCAUGAUUGUAGCUGUUUGCUUAGCUCUGGCGUGCGGCGCUCACGCGUCCGGUUGGACCGGUCCCCCGGCCAACAUUGCCCUCUCACAAGAUGGACGCAACAUCCUCGACACUCCCGAGGUAGCGCAGGCGCGUGCUGCUCACAUUGCUGCUCUCAACCAGGCCUCCCAGAACAACCCCAACCCCCACGACGACGGAUCCUACGACCCCCGUUGGGACAACGAAGAGUACUGGCAACAGUCUGAAGGCAAAUGGAACGGUGCUGCCGCCGCCCCUAGCUGGAACGCUGGUGCUCACUCCGGUGCCUGGAACGGUGCUCCCGCCGCGCCCGCCUGGAACGCUGCCCCCGCUCCCGCAUGGAACGCUGGUGCCCCUGCCCCCGUUGCCGAGACCCCCGAAGUAGCUCAGGCCCGCGCCGCCCACCUCGCCGCCCUCUCCUCCGCCAAGCCCGCCCAACAGUGGAACGCCCCCGCUCACAACCAGUGGAACGCUCCCGCUCCUCAGUGGAACGGUGCUCCUUCCUGGCAGGGUGGUGCUCAGGCUCACCCUCCCGCGAACAUCAGGUUGGCCAACGACGGUUCCGGCAUCUUGGACACCCCUGAGGUUGCCGCCGCCCGCGCUGCUCACUUAGCUGCCCACGCGCAGGUCGCGCACCACGCUCCCGCCCACGCUCCCCAGCAGCACUGGUGAAUACCUCUCCCUCUUCCUCUCUUCCCGGGCUCCCUGGAGUGAGCCGGCUCGUAACUCGCGGCUCUGAAGACCGCGUGAGCCUUACGCUCUUGGUUCACGUCGAGGCGUCCUUUCUUUCCUUCGAUCUCUUCUCUUCUUUUAGGAACUGUUUAAAGUGCUAGUGCGUCAGUCUGUUUUCCUUCUUGUGGCUUUUUUGUUACUUUUAUAAGAAAUUUUCUAUUGAGCGAACUUUUGUACAUAAUAAAUAAUUUGUAUGUAUGCGUAAUUAACGAAUUAUAUGGAACGGAAAAUA